AUGGCAUUCGUCCCCGACCUGGACGUGCUGGAGGGUGGCAGCCUCAGCGAGGAGACCUUGUACGGCCCCGACUGCCUCUGCCCACAGAAGAAACUUCGCCUGGACUCAGAGGCAAAGCCCAGCCAGAGCCACACCGCGGUGGACGUCCAGGUGACGGUGACGCAGGGACACGCCGCCAGGAGGUUCCGCCAGGCCGCCACCCUGGUGGUGGCUGCGACCAAGAUGCUGCGGGGGCCGUCGCACAAGGACUUUGCCGACAGCGACCUGGGCGGCUUCCUGGACGAGAUUUUCGAACCCGUCACCUUCCAGCGGCUCGAAAGCAGCUACGCCGGGGCGCCCGUGUACCGCUACACCCGCUCCCAGUCCUUCGACAUCUUCGACAUCAACCACAAGUGCUUCGUGCUGGAGUCGCCCACCCAGCUGGUGGCCCUGCACCUGCAGGGGCCCUCUGCCAGCCGCAAAGUGAGGCUCAACAUCGCGCUGUACCGGCCCCGCACCCGGCAGGGCAGCGCCGGGGCCAUGCAGAUGCCGGUGGCGCUGGGCAUCAAAGGCUACAAGCUCUACAUGUCCUGCGUGAUGAGCGGCACCGAGCCCGUGCUGCAGCUGGAGGAAGCCGACGUCAUGAGGGACAUCGACAGCGCCGAGCUGACCCGCUUCAUCUUCUACCGCCUGGACAGCCCGGCCGAGGGCACCACGCGCUUCGAGUCGGCCGCCUUCCCCGGCUGGUUCGUCUGCACCUCGCUGCAGCCCAAGCAGCCCGUGGGCGUCACCAACCAGCCCGACCAGGUCAACAUCGCCACCUACAAGCUGAGCGGGCGCUGA